AUGAGUAAUCAAAAUUACAAGUGUAAAGGCAAAGAAAAUAUAAUACCGGCCAAAAGUUCCUUAUAUCGUGAACAUAAUAUGCUAAGGUACCAAGAAAAGAAAAAAACCAAAACUGCUAAAGAGCGUAGUGUUCAUUUAGCCAAAGCACGAGAAUAUAUACGAAAUAAAAGAAGAUAUGUCUUAGAGCCUUCCAAACAAGAAAAUAAUAAUAUUACAACAGAAAUAGAAUUGCUUCUAGAAAAUACUUUAAGCAAAGAAAAUAUAAUACCGGCCAAAAGUUCCUUAUAUCGUGAACAUAAUAUGCUAAGGUACCAAGAAAAGAAAAAAACCAAAACUGCUAAAGAGCGUAGUGUUCAUUUAGCCAAAGCACGAGAAUAUAUACGAAAUAAAAGAAGAUAUGUCUUAGAGCCUUCCAAACAAGAAAAUAAUAAUAUUACAACAGAAAUAGAAUUGCUUCUAGAAAAUACUUUAA